CUGUUGCGCGCAGUAGAGACGACACUCACAGGACCGGACGGACAAGCACCACAGCAACCGGAAUGCACACAAAAUGAUGCGUCCACGAGCUGUGACAAGCCGCUUCGUGUGAGAAAAAAAAAAAAAACAGAGAGACAGCAAACGGCAACACCGGAAGCUCCCCCCCCCCCUCUGUCCAGACUGAAGCGCUCUCGCAAGGCAGUUUGCAUUUUUGCCGCAGAUAUCAUCCCCGCCGAUGCGCUUCAGCUGUGCAUGAAUCCUCCCGUUUGGUUUGCAGGUCCAGGACAAAACCGGGCGGCGUUGACGACUCUGUGCGGUGGAUACUGUUUGUGAGUGCACCCUUCAUCUGCGUCUCCGCACACCCCCUUGGCACCUCCUUCAGGAUGGCGUUAACGAUCUGCACGAGAUUUACCGACGAAUAUCAGCUGUUCGAGGAGCUGGGAAAGGGUGCAUUCUCUGUGGUCAGGAGGUGCGUGAAGAUCUCCUCUGGACAGGAGUAUGCUGCCAAAAUCAUCAACACCAAGAAGCUUUCUGCCAGAGAUCAUCAAAAGCUGGAGAGAGAGGCGAGGAUUUGUCGUUUACUGAAGCACCCCAACAUCGUACGACUCCAUGACAGCAUAUCAGAGGAGGGCUUCCACUAUCUGGUGUUUGAUCUGGUGACAGGAGGGGAGCUUUUUGAGGACAUCGUAGCCAGGGAGUACUACAGUGAGGCUGAUGCCAGUCACUGCAUACAGCAGAUCCUCGAGAGUGUCCAUCACUGCCAUGUUAACGGGAUUGUCCACAGGGAUCUAAAGCCUGAGAACCUUCUAUUGGCCAGUAAGCUGAAGGGGGCGGCGGUCAAGUUGGCUGACUUUGGGCUUGCUAUCGAGGUGCAGGGGGACCAGCAGGCAUGGUUUGGUUUUGCCGGCACUCCGGGUUACUUGUCCCCAGAAGUUUUGAGGAAAGACCCAUAUGGGAAACCGGUGGACAUGUGGGCUUGUGGUGUGAUUUUAUACAUCCUGCUGGUGGGCUACCCUCCUUUCUGGGAUGAGGACCAGCACCGCCUUUACCAACAAAUCAAGGCUGGGGCCUAUGAUUUCCCAUCCCCAGAGUGGGACACUGUUACUCCUGAGGCCAAAGAUCUGAUCAACAAGAUGCUGACCAUCAACCCCAGUAAACGCAUCACUGCCGCAGAGGCGCUUAAACAUCCUUGGAUCUGCCAACGGUCCACUGUAGCUUCCAUGAUGCACAGGCAGGAGACUGUGGAGUGCCUGAAGAAAUUCAACGCCAGGAGGAAACUCAAGGGAGCCAUAUUGACCACUUUACUGGUCACAAGAAACUUCUCAGCAGCCAAAAGUCUGCUCAACAAGAAUAAAGAUGGCGUUAAGGUCAACAACAAAGCCAACACAGUGACCAGUCCUAAAGACACUGGCCCUGCCCCUGCACUGGAACCACAGACAACCGUGAUCCACAACCCAGUGGAUGGAAAUAAGGAGUCCAUUGAGAGUGCGAACACCACCAUAGAGGACGAGGAUGUGAAAGCCUGCACCAAUAACAAUAAAGCCCGCAAACAGGAGAUUAUCAAAGUCACUGAGCAGCUGAUUGAGUCUAUCAACAACGGAGACUUUGAGUCCUAUGCUAAGAUUUGUGAUCCUGGUCUAACCUCCUUUGAGCCCGAGGCCCUGGGCAACCUGGUGGAAGGACACGACUUUCAUCGCUUUUACUUUGAAAAUGCCCUGUCCAAAGGGAAUAAACCAGUGCACACCAUCCUCCUGAACCCACAUGUGCACCUCAUUGGGGAAAACGCAGCGUGUAUUGCCUACAUCCGACUGACCCAGUACAUGGACGGCGCCGGCAUGCCCCGCACCAUGCAGUCUGAGGAGACCCGCGUGUGGCACCGCCGUGAGGGCAAGUGGCAGAACAUCCACUUCCACCGCUCGGGCUCGCCCAGCAUCCCGUCCCAGUAAGAGACAUUAAUGGGAUAUCAACGUGUUCAAAAAAAGAAAAAAAAAACCCCAUCAGCAAAUCUAGCGGGGGAGUCAACUAGCCAACCCAUGACUGCCCUCCUUUGACCCUUCUAUAAGGACAUGACAUCGCACAGGACACAAGUAUCAAUACGUUUUACUGUUACAGCAUUUUAUUAAUGGACAUCAUUCGAAUCCACCGCUGGGUGGCUGCACACAGUAUUUGGACAUUAUGAAACAAGCAUAUUGACAGCAUAUUUUUUGUUUGUUUUUUAAGAUGUUUUGGUAUGCAUUUUAAAUAUAAAAAUAGAGAUGUUUAAAAAUCUACUACUGUAACCUCUCCCAAAAAUUAGUUCUGUAUUUUUAUGUGUAUUUAUGUGUGUGCAAUAUGAAAAAAAAUCUAAAAAAAACAUUUGGAAGAUCAGAAUGUUAAAAUUAAGCUUGCUUUAGUUCUGGUGAUGUAUAUACAUUGUGAUUGUUGAUCAAAAACAACCAUUGAAAUUGCUAUUCUUGCUAACAGAGGAAUUAAGAGUUUAAAUCCAAUCCAGUUUAUGAGCUACAUUUAUGUUUGCUAUGAGCUAAGUCAUACUGUUUGAAUCGUCCGGUUACAACCUAUAAUACUAAUUUACAUGUAAAGAAAAGCAGAGCAGCUUACACUUUGCAUUGACAUAUGUUUGCCUUUAUAUCAGUGAAAUAAGAAAUAAGAGAAUGUAGCAUAUAUGUAAUAUAUGAAAAUCCAAGACUAUUGUGUAGUGCAUGGGGGGGAAUAUUGUAAGUAAGAUCAUAUGAAACUAUAAUAUCUUCUAUUUGAUUUGUGAAUCACUGACUUGUUUGUUUGCAUUCGUUAAUGUUGUGCAUCGGUCCUGUCCCUGAUGUUUCUAAUGUCCUCCAGUAUCAUGGAACUGUUGUGAAAACAAUAACACACUUAUGGUUAACAUCCAGCGUAAAUAUCUGAACCUCAUAUCUUAGAAAGAGGAAAAAUAAACUCCUGGUUGCCGAAGCACCCUUUGCAUUUUGUAUAAAAAUGAGGUGUAAACGAGCUCAUUUUUCAUAAUGUUUGUACUUGUAUUGUAUGACUGUGUGUAGGGUUUCUGUUGUCAUUUUAUUCUCGUCAUUUUCCAGUAUGUUACGUCGCCAAUUGCACAGAGAAGGUGGAGAUGAUGAAGAAGGAGCUAAGGCACUCUAGUCUCUACUUUUCAGUUCUAACCUGUUGGUUGGGCUAGUGAGUCUGGAAGCGUCUUAAAAGCGUUGGAUUGAAGGUUGUUGCAGUCAGGCGAGAGGAUGGUAUGACAGCAGCAGGAGGAGCCAAUGAGAGUUGGACUGCAAUAAAUGUUGGGAUGUCUUCCUCAACGAUUAGUGCUUCUUCUAACAGCCGGUGGUUUCCUCACCGCUGCAGGACAAUGCCAGUGUCUUCGUCAUCCUUACUGUUUGCUCUUUUCAAUUGGUUGGUCUCUUUUAUAAGGGGAAAAUAUGAUAAACAUUUCUUUUGACGAAACGUAUGAUGUCAAUGCAAUGCACCACUCCUUACAUGGUGUGUACCUGUUGCCAGCACGGCAAUGGAUGGCUUAAACAUGUUUAAGAAAUAAAUAAAUCAGCUACAAGGUGUGAUAAUGAA